AAUUCAUCUGUCCGCUAAUAUCUUUUCCCAAAGUCAGUCUAACUUGAGAAAAAGAAGAACGCAGCAAUGAGUCUCUCUGAGAAGGACAAGUCUGCCGUGAAGGCCCUCUGGAGCAAGAUCUCCUCCAGGUCCGAUGAUAUCGGUGCUGAAGCUCUUGGCAGAAUGCUCAUCGUCUACCCCCAGACUAAGACCUACUUCUCUCACUGGGCUGACUUGAGCCCUGGCUCUGCUCCUGUGAAGAAGCACGGCAAGACUAUCAUGGGUGCAGUCGGUGAGGCUGUGUCAAAGAUUGACGACCUUACGGGAGCUCUGUCAGCUCUCAGCGAACUUCAUGCUUUCAAGCUUCGUAUUGACCCGGCCAACUUCAAGAUCCUUGCAACCAACCUUAUAGUGGUCAUUGGCAUGCUCUUCCCUGGAGAUUUCUCCCCCGAGGUUCACGUGUCAGUUGACAAGUUUUUCCAGAACUUGGCCCUGGCUCUCUCUGAGAAAUACCGCUAAACUUCCAAUCGGAAAUUAAUGUCAACAGGCAACUCUGAGCAGCACCUCACCUCUAAACAACUUGUGUCUAAUGCCUGAAUAACAUUUCUCAAUAAAAGCACAGAACUACAUUA